AUGGCGUCUGCUGAUCUGAGACAGGAGCUGGACUGUUCCAUCUGCCUGAGCAUUUAUACAGAUCCCGUAUCACUGAGAUGUGGCCACAACUUCUGCCGGGUCUGUAUUGAUCGUGUGCUGGAUACACAGGAGGGGGCUGGAGUAUAUAGCUGUCCUGACUGCAGAGCAGAGUGUCAGGAGCGUCCUGCACUGCAGAGGAACAUAACGCUGUGUAACAUAGUGGGGAGUUUCCUGUCUACUCGCCCAGAUCAGGAGAAGACUGGGAUCCUCUGCACUUACUGUAUUCACUCUCCUGUACCUGCUGCUAAAUCCUGUCUGCUGUGUGAGGCUUCUCUGUGUGAUAAUCACCUGAGAGUACACAGCAAGUCACCAGAGCACGUCUUAUGUGAUCCCACCACUGCCCUGGGGAACAGGAAAUGCUCCGUCCAUAAGAAGAUCCUGGAGUAUUACUGCACUGAGGACUCUGUCUGUAUCUGUGGGUCCUGCAGUUUGGCCGGAGAACACCGGGGACACCUGGUGGAGAUGUUGGAUGAGGCCUCUGAGAAGAAGAAGGAGAAGCUGAGGAAUGCUCUGCAGAAACUGACCACAAAGAGAGCGGAGACUGAGAAAAGAGUGCAGAGUCUGCAGGAGUGCAGGAAAGAAGAUCAGGGAAAAGCAGCUGGUGUAAUAGAGACAGUCACUGCCCUGUUUAGAGACAUCAGGAGACAGCUGGAGGACCUGGAGAAGAGAGUCCUGAGUGAGAUCUCCAGGCAGGAACAGCGCGUUUCACUCUCAGUCUCUGAUCUGAUCCAGCAGCUGGAAAUAAAGAAGGACGAGCUGUCCGGGAAGAUGCGUCACAUUGAGGAGCUGUGUAACAUGGGUGAUCCAGUGACUGUCUUACAGGAACCAGACACAGGGGACUUGUGUGACACUGAGGACACAGAGAGACAUGAUAACCAGGUCCGUGGUGCAGGAGAUCUGGAUGUGGGUCUCAUCUCAGGGACAUUACACACAUUAUCUGAUAUAAUAACAGGUAUAAAUACAGGGAUCUAUGUGCAGGAGGCUACAGACAUAUUACUGGAUGUAACCACAGCUGGUGAUUAUAUACAGAUAUCAGGUGACAGGAAAACUGCAUCCUGGACACCAAGUCAGAAUCACCCAGUAACACCAGAGAGAUUUCAGUGGUAUCAGGUAAUAAGCAGCAGGAGAUUCUCCUCAGGGCGACAUUACUGGGAGGUGGAUGUCAGUAAGUCAGUGGUGUGGAUGGUGGGGAUGUGUUAUCCCAGUAUAGACAGGAGAGGGAGUCAGUCAUACAUUGGAUAUAAUAACAAGUCCUGGUGUUUGGAAAGGUGUAAUAAUCAGUACUUAGUGUUACAUGACAGUAAGUGGAUCUCAAUACCUGACAAUACCCCCUGUGACAGAGUGAGGGUUUAUCUGGAUUAUGGGGCAGGACAGAUGUCCUUUUAUUCUCUGUGUGACCCCAUCAGACACUUACACACCUACACUGCCGCCCUCACUGAGCCCCUCCAUGCUGCUUUCCUUGUAUGGGAUGGAUGUAUAACUAUAUGUGGGGGAGUCAGGAGCCGGGAGAAAUUACCAUAAGAAAUCUACCCAGAUACUGGUGACAUCACAGGGAGAGAAAUCUGACAGGUGAAAGAUUCUGAGUGGGUGGAGCUACAGGUACAUCUGAGCCCCUGUGUAACAAGAUGACCAUUGUGUCUUCGGGAUGGCCAUCGUGUGUUCACCAUCGAUGGUUGCCAUUGAUGGUGAAACUCUGAGUGGCCAUUGAUGGCCAUCAACUAUGCUAUGGGAGACCAUCGAUGGUUUCACUCAUCGAUGGUCAUUCCUGUUAUUUCAGUGAAUGAUCCACGGGCUAAUCACAGCCUAGGGCAGGGCUUCACGGGUGUUGGGGGCGGAGCUAUGCUCCGAGUCCUGGCAUUUGUUUACGCUAUGACAUUGAUGGAGGGAAACUAUCUGGUUCUCUCCCAUCGAUUGGCAAAAGCAUUCGACAUCGGCCAUAAACUAUCGAUGAUUAGGAAUCAUCGGUGGUCGAUGGCCAUACCUAGUGUGUCUGAAAUGUGUUCCCAUGUUGGUAGGGAUGGCAUCAGUGGGUUUCCUAUUGUACGCUCCCAGGUGCAGUACAGCUACAUGUCUAUUGUACACUACCAGGUGCAGUACAGCUUGUACACAUGUCUAUUGUAUACUACCAGGUGCAGUACAGCUUGUACACAUGUCUAUUGUACACUACCAGGUGCAGUACAGCUUGUACACACAUCUAUUGUAUACUCCCAGGUGCAGUACAGCUUGUACACACAUCUAUUGUAUACUCCCAGGUGCAGUACAGCUUGUACACAUGUCUAUUGUAUACUCCCAGGUGCAGUACAGCUGUACACACGUCUAUUGUACACUCCCAGGUGCAGUACAGCUGUACACAUGUCUAUUGUAUACUCCCAGGUGCAGUACAGCUUGUACACACGUCUAUUGUACACUCCC